AUGGUAGCACCGGCGGUUCUCUCUCCAGGCGAGGUGCGCCCCGACGUAGCAGCGCCCAUCAAGCCAGAAGACGUCGAAUACCAAGACAACUUCAGCAUCCACCUGAUCUGCGAAGACUGCCGCGAGAUGCCGCCGAACCUGGUGGAGGAGUUCUCGAGCGGCGACACGGUGUGCGGGACAUGCGGGCUGGUGCUGUCGGCGCGCGUCGUCGACACGCGCUCCGAAUGGCGGACAUUCAGCAACGACGACCAGAACGGCGACGACCCGUCGCGCGUGGGCGACGCGGCGAACCCGCUGCUCCACGGCCCGCAGCUCGAGACCAACAUCUCGUUUGCGGACGGCAACAACGCGCGCAACAAGGAGCUGCGCGCCGCGCAGACCAAGUCCACCGCCGACAAGAGCAACAAGACGCUGCUGCAGGCGUACCGGCUCAUCGGCGAAAAGUGCGACCAGUGGCAGCUGUCUAGCUCCAUCACCGACACGGCCAAGCACAUGUUCAAAAUGGCCGACGACUCGCGCGCCUUCAAGAGCAAAUCCGUCGACGCCAUCGUCGCCGGCUGCAUCUUCCUCUCCUGCCGGCAGAACAACAACCCGCGCUCCUUCCGCGAGCUGCACCACCUGACGGGCGUGCCCAAGAAGGACAUCGGCCGCGUCUUCAAGCAGCUCGACAGCUUCUUCAACAAGCAGAACCGCACCGGCAACGCCCUCAUCACCGGCGGCCAGGUCAUCCCCGGCGACGCGUACAAGUCGCGCGAAGCGACGUCGGCCCCGGAGCUCUGCAGGCGCUACUGCAACGCGCUGGGCAUGCGCGCCCGCCCCGUCAUGCUGGCCCAGAGCCUCGCCGAGCGCAUGGUCCAGCGCGGCUGCUUGGCCGGCCGCUCGCCUUUGUCCGCCUGCGCGGCGUGCAUCUUCAUGCUCAGCCACUUGAUCGGCCAGCCCCUCUCGCCCAGAGACAUUGCGCCGGUGGCGGGCGUGAGCGACGGCACCAUCCGCACUGCUUACAAGCUGCUCUACAACUUCCGCGAAACCCUGCUCAUCGAGGACGACUGGGCCAAGGAGAAGGGCCUCGAUGUCUCCAAGCUGCCUGCGGUUUGA